AUGGAGCCAGCCUCGACUCCAAGCAGCUCCACAAUGGCGUGGUCCACCCUUCCCACUUGGCCGUUGAUCCUCUUCGGAAUCAUCGAACCCCUGCUAUUAGUCUGGGCCUACAUCAUCUCCAUCCUCGACCCCCACCGCUUCUACACGAUGCAGGUUCCCCACAGCCCCGUCGAGCCGUCCGACCUCCAGCCCCAAGCCCUAGUCCUGACCCUCCAGAUGGGCAACGUCCUCCUCCUGGUCGCCGCCCUGGCCGUCGUCUGCUGCUGGACGCCCCGCCCCGCCACGUCGAGGUGGUAUCUAGUCGCCGUGGCGCUCGCCGACUACGGACACAUCUACGGCACGUACGCCGGGAUGGGGCGGGAUGCCUUCUGCGACGUGCGCGGGUGGAACGACGCCGUUUGGGGGAGUGUCGGCGCGAGUGCCUUCCUCAAUGUCUUCCGGUGGCUCACGGUGCUGGGCGUGUUCGGCGGCUUGACGGAGGAGGGGGGAGGUGCGGGCAUGGUAGUGGAUAAGAAGCGCGUAUGAUGGGGGCUUGAUUUAGAAGGGAAAGCAAGGUGGAGCGAUAAUUACUCGCCAGGCGCCUCUUGCUCCCUGUGUACAUACAUACUUCAUCGAUGCUCUGACAAUGCCCGUAGUAGUCUGC